GCGGCCCGGAGCGGCGGCGGCGGCGGCGGCGGCGGCGGCGGCGCUGGAGUCUCUGCCCCGCACGCCGGGGAGAGGGGAGAGCGAGCGCGCUCCUCCUCCCGCGCCUUCCGCCCCCUCUCUCCCCCUCUCCCCUCUGCUCUCUCUCCCUUCUCUUCCUCCUUCUCUUCCUUCUUUUCGUGUUCCCCCUUUCCCCUUUUCUCUCUCCUCAUCCAUUCGUUUGUAAAUUCUGUUCUCCCCCCUCCAUCGCUCUCCUACUCUCCUCCUCCCCUCCCCACUGUCACACUCUCUCUGCCCCCUUCUGUCUUCUCAUUUGCUUGCUCAUCUCCAAACGUGGCUCCGCGGCUCCCGGAGGAGCCCAGCGCCCGGAUCCCGCGCGUCCGGAGCACCUGGAGUCCGGCCCGGGGCGGCCCGAGCCUGGCCAGCGGCGGCGGCAGGAGCCGAGGGAGCGGCAGCCCCGACCGCGGGCACCGCGGGAGCCUCAGUGGCAGCGGCCGCCGCCGAGAUGUCCCGGCGAAAGCAGAGCAAACCCCGGCAGAUCAAACGGCCUCUAGAAGAUGCCAUUGAAGAGGAAGAGGAAGAGUGUCCAUCAGAGGAAACAGACAUCGUCUCAAAAGGGGACUUUCCAUUGGAGGAAAGCUUUUCUACAGAAUUUGGGCCUGAAAAUCUGAGCUGUGAAGAAGUGGAAUACUUUUGUAACAAAGGUGAUGAUGAAGGAGUCCAGGAGACGCCAGAAUCAGAUGGGGACACACAGUCAGAAAAGCCUGGCCAGCCUGGAGUUGAGACAGAUGAUUGGGAUGGUCCAGGAGAGCUGGAGGUAUUUCAGAAAGACGGAGAACGGAAAAUCCAGAGUCGGCAGCAACUUCCUGUGGGAACAACCUGGGGGCCAUUUGCUGGGAAGAUGGACCUGAAUAAUAAUUCCUUGAAGACAAAGGCUCAGGUCCCAAUGGUGCUGACGGCUGGUCCCAAGUGGCUACUGGAUGUGACUUGGCAAGGAGUGGAAGACAACCAAAACAACUGCAUUGUGUACAGCAAAGGGGGUCAGCUCUGGUGCACCACUACGAAGGCCAUCUCUGAGGGUGAAGAGCUAAUUGCCUUUGUGGUGGAUUUUGACUCAAGGCUACAAGCUGCCAGUCAGAUGACUCUUGCAGAAGGGAUGUACCCUGCGCGCCUGCUGGACUCGAUUCAGCUGCUUCCUCAGCAAGCUGCCAUGGCUUCUAUUUUGCCUACAGCUAUUGUCAAUAAGGAUAUAUUUCCUUGCAAGUCGUGUGGCAUCUGGUAUCGGAGUGAGCGGAAUCUGCAAGCCCAUUUGAUGUACUAUUGCAGUGGGAGGCAAAGAGAAGCUGCUCCGGUGUCAGAAGAGAAUGAAGACAGUGCUCCUCAGAUUUCCAGUCUGUGCCCCUUCCCGCAGUGCACCAAGAGCUUUUCAAAUGCCCGAGCACUAGAAGUGCACCUGAAUUCACACAGUGGAGUGAAAAUGGAAGAAUUCCUCCCCCCUGGUGCUAGUCUAAAAUGCACCGUCUGUAGCUACACGGCCGAUUCCGUGAUCGGCUUCCACCAACACCUGUUCUCGCAUCUCACUCAAGCUGCCUUCCGAUGCAACCACUGCCACUUCGGCUUCCCGACUCAGAGGGAGUUACUGCAGCACCAGGAGCUCCAUGUCCCUGGGGGCAAACUUCCCAGAGAAAGUGACAUGGAACACUCUCCAAGUGGGACCGAAGAUAGCCUACAGCCAGCUCCAGACUUGCUGACCAGGAGCGAACUCCCCCAGAGCCAAAAGGCCAUGCAGACUAAAGAUGCGAGCUCGGACACCGAGCUGGACAAGUGUGAGAAAAAGACGCAGCUCUUUCUCACUAACCAGAGACCAGAGGUACAGCCUACAACAAACAAACAAAGCUUUUCUUACACAAAAAUAAAGUCUGAGCCCUCGAGUCCAAGGCUUGCCUCAUCUCCGGUUCAGCCUAAUGUUGGGCCUUCUUUCCCCAUGGGCCCUUUCCUGUCUCAGUUUGCUUUCCCCCAGGACAUCACCAUGGUCCCUCAAGCUUCGGAGAUCUUAGCCAAGAUGUCUGAACUGGUCCAUCGGCGCCUGAGGCACGGAAGUAGUAGCUACCCUCCUGUAAUUUACAGCCCCUUGAUGCCCAAGGGGGCCACUUGUUUUGAGUGUAACAUAACCUUCAAUAAUUUGGAUAAUUACCUAGUGCACAAAAAACAUUAUUGCAGCAGCCGAUGGCAGCAGAUGGCCAAGUCUCCAGAGUUCCCUGGUGUUUCAGAGAAGAUGCCUGAGGCCGUGAGCCCCAACACUGGUCAAACCUCCAUAAACCUCCUCAACCCAGCCGCUCAUUCUGCUGAUCCUGAGAAUCCCCUUCUUCAAACGUCCUGCAUCAGUUCUUCCGCUGUUUUAGAUUUAAUUGGGCCAAAUGGGAAGGGCCACGACAAGGACUUUCCCACUCAAGCGAAGAAGGUCUCCCCCUCUGGUUGCACCGAUGAUAAAAUUAACGGAAAACCUGUUGAUGUGAAAAAUCCCAGUGUCCCCCUGGUGGAUGGGGAAAGUGACCCAAAUAAGACUACCUGUGAAGCUUGCAACAUUACCUUCAGCCGGCAUGAAACCUACAUGGUCCACAAACAGUACUAUUGUGCUACGCGCCACGACCCUCCACUAAAGAGGUCUGCUUCCAACAAAGUGCCUGCCAUGCAGAGAACCAUGCGCACACGCAAGCGAAGGAAGAUGUAUGAGAUGUGCCUACCUGAACAGGAGCAAAGACCUCCCCUGGUCCAACAGAGAUUUCUUGAUGUCGCCAACCUCAGCAAUCCUUGUACCUCCACUCAAGAACCCACGGAAGGGCUAGGAGAGUGCUACCACCCAAGAUGCGAUAUCUUUCCGGGAAUUGUCUCAAAGCACUUGGAAACUUCUCUAACGAUCAACAAAUGUGUCCCGGUGUCCAAAUGUGACACUACUCAUUCCAGCGUUUCCUGCCUCGAGAUGGACGUGCCCAUAGAUCUCAGCAAAAAGUGUUUAUCCCAGUCAGAGCGGACGACCACGUCUCCCAAAAGGCUGCUGGACUACCACGAGUGCACUGUGUGCAAGAUCAGCUUCAAUAAAGUCGAGAACUACCUGGCCCACAAGCAGAAUUUCUGCCCGGUCACAGCACAUCAGCGGAACGACCUGGGCCAACUCGACAGCAAAGUAUUUCCGAAUCCAGAAAGCGAACGAAACAGCCCCGAUGUCAGCUAUGAACGAAGCAUAAUAAAAUGUGAGAAAAACGGAAAUCUGAAGCAGCCUUCCCCUAACGGAAACUUAUUUUCCUCCCACUUAGCCACCCUGCAAGGCCUGAAAGUCUUUAGUGAAGCUGCUCAGCUCAUUGCCACAAAAGAAGAAAACAAACAUUUGUUUCUUCCCCAAUGCCUUUACCCCGGAGCAAUAAAGAAGGCAAAAGGAGCUGACCAGCUUUCUCCGUAUUAUGGAAUAAAGCCAAGUGAUUACAUUUCUGGUUCUCUUGUCGUCCAUAACGCUGACCUAGAGCAAAGCACAAACGCGGAAAACGAAUCUCCAAAAGGCCAGGCUUCCUCGAACGGCUGUGCUGUGCCGAAGAAAGAGUCUCUGCCACUGCUGCCCAAAAACAGAGGCAUGGUCAUAGUUAAUGGCGGACUGAAGCAAGAUGACAGACCCGCCGCCAACCCGCAGCAGGAGAACAUUUCCCAGAAUCCUCAGCAUGAAGAUGGCCACAAAUCUCCCUCUUGGAUCUCUGAGAACCCGUUAGCCACGAACGAGAAUGUCUCACCUGGAAUCCCUUCCGCAGACGAACAGUUGUCUAGUAUAGCUAAAGGUGUGAAUGGCGCCACCCAGGCUCCAACCAGUGGGAAAUAUUGCCGGCUAUGUGAUAUUCAGUUCAACAACCUCUCAAACUUUAUAACUCACAAGAAGUUUUAUUGCUCAUCACAUGCGGCGGAACAUGUCAAAUGAAAUAACUUCAUAAAUAAACACCAGUCACCUUUGGUACCAGUGUUUAGUAUGUCGUUCUACCCAGUCCAGAAAAACAACAACAACAACAACAACAACAACAACAACAACACACACACACACACACACACACACACACAAAACCCCAGAAAACAAAAACAAAAGCUGUUUGAAUUACAUCUGGGCAAUCAGGAGAUCGUUCAUUAAGGCUGAGUUGAAGACGUAAGGUGUAAUUCCAUUACAGUCCAUUAGUAAAGUGUAUUAUUGGUGCCAUUUUCAAAAAGAAAUUAAUUUAUUUUACCAGCAGUAUUCAUAGCUGUGGUUAUGUUAUUUUUUAUUUAAAAACUUUAUAUUAAAGUCAUUUGUAAUGUUAUUGUAUAGUUAUUGUGUAGCGCAUAUGGUUUGCACUGUAUAGUAGCUUUUAAAAGAAAAUAGUCACGAACAAUACAGAAAAGCAUUUUAGAAAUAGCUUCAAAAGCACUUGUGUAUCGAUUUCUUCUUCUAUGCUGUUGCAGAUAUAUGUAUAUGCUAAAAUAUAACUUGCAACGAUGUUCUAAAUACACAUGCUAUAAGUUCGCCUUAAGAUUUCAAUUCUUGGAUAAUCAGGCUCUGUUUGCACUUUAUAUUUUAGCAGAUACAGUCUCUUAGUCACUAGGCUUUGCAUUUGUAUGUAGCUGUAUGUUUCUGUCCAUUUUCUUAAUCUGAAACAUGUAUGUUAAAUGAAGAUGGCGAUUUUUUUUCUUGUAUAGUACUUGUAUUUUCUUUCGCUGAUGCAGCUCUGUCUCAAUUUUUAAACCUUUGCUGUUAAAUGCAAUACUUUAUAAAGAAUGAACAAAAUUACUGGAAGCAGUAUUGUAAGUAAUGAGGUAGUAUUAAUCAGUUUUAUCUUUUGAAAGGCACAGUCUAAAUCGAAAUCCUAAACUCAAUGCUGCAAGUAUGAAUUUAAUUCAUAUAUAAGAUCUAUUUAAAUAUAAGAGUAGCAAUACUGCACCUGGUGAUCACAAAGAUAAUGUUCUACUUCUGAUAGAAAUAAUUUCUCAACAAAUGUUGUUACUAUGCAUGUAUAUGGAUGGAAUAAAAUUCCAGAUUG